AUGAACCCUAGAUCACUGCUUUCUGCUCUGCCAAAGUUGUUAAAAAGAGCUGUCGACGUAUAUCCACUCGGAGGAAAUUCUGCUGGAAAACAAAUGUCUGAAAUAGAGAGGAGAUUUCUUGGUACUUUUUUGUUUUGGGCAACUCAAAAAGGAAGGAUUAAGGAGGGGAGAUUGCGCGGACAUGGAAUGAAGGUCGGUGACACUGUUUCGGGACCAAGGGCAGACUUAUCUUCUGCUGAAGUCAAAGAAUGUUAUGAGUUUCUCCUUUCAUUGGUUCCAGGGAGGUGGCCUUUACCAAAUUUAUGCAGCCCAUUGUUUCAGAAAUUCAUUGAGUACAUCCUUCAGAAUGUGAAGGAUCUUCUCAUCAACAAGAAAGAUUUCGAUAGGUUUGUUCUUCUGAAGAAAGAGUUUCAAGUCCUUGAAGAAAGUCUAAAAUAUCUAAAAACCUUCCUCAAUUUCAUAAAAGAUGCACGCAUGGAGCUAGAGAAAUCCAAGAUUCUUUUUAAUCAUAUAGAGGGCAUCACAGUGAAUGCUGCAUACAUAUGUUACCUUUGUUAUGUGGAAGAAAUGGAUGGAGAUUCAGCAUCUGAGUUGACACUUCAAAUCUCUCAUGUUUUGAAACAUAUCAAGCCCAUUAAGCCACACGUUGCAGAAAUCUAUACUGGAGCUCUAAGAGGUUCAAUUAAAUUGCAAAUCCAAUACAACCGGGAUGUGAUAGAAUUUGUUGAAGGUUUUGUUCAUUUCAUCUUCAAGGAUUUGUUGGAGUUAUCAAACGGUGAGGCAUGUUCUUCGAUGCUUCCUCUUAAAAAAGAUCAAAUCAAAAGCCUUGCCGAAGCAUCAAAGCAAUUGGUAACUUUGCUCAUUUGUCCACCAGAAGAUUUAUAUGUUAUCCAGGGAAAAAUGAGUGGCAAGCUUACUUGCAUUGAAGGUCUGAUUGCUGAGGUAGUAUCUGCUGCUUUCUCUUUCUCCAUUGACAAAGCAGCAGAAGUUAACUCGGUAUUCAGUGACUUGUUAAAAAAGAUUGAACAUGUCAUGGAAGAUCUAAAAGAUGUGAUUCUGAAAGAUGUAGUGUCAUCAAAAUGUAAUUUUCCUAGGACAAAUGGAUUGGGGUUUAUCGAUUAUCUCUUACGCUAUCUGAAAGAGCUGCUGCAAGACGGAAAGUGUGAUUCUGUUGUCAAGCAUCUUAUUGAAGAAGCUCAGGAAGAGUUAUAUCUCUUAAGAGACUUCUUGAAGGAAGUUGAGAAGAAAAAACAUGAGUUUGAGGAGGUGAAGAAACAUGAUCUAUGGACAGAAGUCAUAUCUCUAGCAUACCAGGCAGAAUGCAUAAUUGAUAGCCUGGUUACCGGAGAUUAUCCUGUUUGGUAUCUACAUUUGUUAUGUAAGAUCACAACAGAAACUAAGGUUGUAAGGGAUCAUUUGAAAGAGUUCCAUGCUACGAUUAUGCGAGAUGUUGAAGUCCCUAUUGAAGAACAAGGACCAAAUCCUGUCAGACAAGUAGUUGAGACUACACAACUUGAUGAGGUAAUGGUGGGUUUUAAGGACGAGACUGACUUGCUAAUCGAACAGCUCACUAUAGGACCAAAGUACUUGGAUGUUGUGUCUAUCGUAGGGAUGCCUGGUCUUGGAAAAACUACACUAGCAAAGAAAGUUUUUCAUGAUGAGAAAAUGCGGCGUCAUUUUGACGUCCAAGCUAUGUGUUGUGUUUCCCAAACUUAUGACAGAAGAAAGUUGCUGCUCGGAAUUUUGAAUCAAGUCAAAUGUUCUAACCAACAGAAUGAGAAAAAUCCAGCAGAUGCUUUGCGGAAAUUUCUGUUAAGAAAGAAGUACCUUCUCUACAUUGAUGACAUAUGGAGUGUUGACACAUGGGAAUACUUGAGCAGAUGCUUACCGGAUAAUGGAAACGGAAGCAGGAUUUUAUUAACCAGCCGAAACAUUGAUGUGGCUUCCAACAUUACACGUGAAAGAGAACCUCUUGAACUUCGUUUUCUUGACGAAAAUGAAAGUUGGGAACUAAUGAAAAUCAAGCUGUUUAAGGAACAAACUUGCCCACCAGACCUAUCAAAAGUAGGAGCAAACAUCGCGAGUAAGUGUAAAGGACUACCUCUCCUUGUGAUUUUGGUUGCUGGAGUUUUGUCUGGGAUAAGCGAAAAUGAGGAAAGUUGGAGAAGAGUCGCAGAGAGUAUAAAGUUAGAUACUGUUACAAGUGCAAAAGAGUGCAUGGAGGUUAUAGAACUGAGCUACAAGCACUUGCCAGAUCAUCUCAAACCCUGCCUUCUAUAUUUUGCAUCAUUUCAGGAGGAUGAAGAAAUUCCACUCUCAAACUUGGCGUGGCAAAGUGCGCGAUAUGCAAAUGCUUCUACGUGGCUGCCAACUAAUUAA